AGAAGUAAACAUUUUCUAUAUAAUAAACAUGUUUCAAUAUCCGCUAAAAGCGCCUUUAGUUAUUGGUAUUACAUCAUGCGUAUGUCAUUCGCAUUAACUGCCUUUACUAAACUCGGUGACGGCUAGGACAUUUGCAUUGUGUGCAGGUUAUGCCAUAUUAGUCAACUUUAUCAUGGUAAUUCGUGUUGUCAAAAUUUACACAUAAAGAUAAAUAAUGGGACAAUCUCAAGAUCGUAUCGUAACUCUUCGAGAGCCAUACGAUGAAACUAGUGACAAUGGAUUUAUUCUUGGUAAUAAAUAUAUUCCAGAGGAACUACUGGCAGAAUUUCUCUGUCACGUUGACAAUAAAACUCUAUUAAAUUGUCAGUUGGUUUGCAAACGUUGGAAAAUUUUAAUACAUAGCUAUGUAUGGCGUAAGAAAGCUGAGAUGACAUUAAAUCGUCCACAUAUAUUAGAUACAGAUAUGCCUUGGAAAGCUUAUUAUAUGAUAGCCAAAAAGAAACCCUUUGAAAAAAAUUUAAUGAAAAAUCAUUCAGGAGAACAUGGUGUACAGAAAUAUUGGAAAAUUUUUACCAAUGGCGGUGAUCAUUGGAAAGUUGAAAAUCCACCUCUUGGAGUUCCACCUUUACCAAAAAAUGUUCCUGUUUUUGAAGGAAAAGAAUAUUGUUUUGUAACAUCUUAUAAUAAUUGUUUCAAAAUGCAAUUAAUAGAUUUAGAAGCGGAAGGAUUAUCAUCGUAUGUGCUGGAUGUUUUACAACCGACUAUAGUGGUAAGUGAAUGGUACAGUUGUAGAUGGGACUGUCCUGCUCAUUACGAGUGUACAGUAGAAUUAUUAAGGAAUGAUAAUAAAGUUAUGAAAACAUUCCAAUUCCAUGAUGAUAUUGAGGGAGAUAAACAAAAUCAAUGGUUAAAUGUUAGUCAUGAAUUUAAAGACUAUGGACUUGGCCUUAAAAAAAUUAGUUUCUAUCAUGGGGGAAUGGAUAAAUCCUUUUGGGCAGGACAUUAUGGUAGUAAAAUGGCUGGUGCUUGUGUUAUUGUGAAAAUACCUGAAAAUGAUGAACACCGAUGUGAGGAAGGUGAUAUAGAUACAAACACGGAUGCAGAUACAGAUACAUAUAAAAGCUCUAAUACGGAUUAAUAAAGAAACUAAAUCUUUAUAUUCUAUGUAACAACAUAUAAAGUAUUUUUUUGGAUAUAAAGUAUUAUAGACCUA